CUCCGGAGCGGAGGCGGAAAGGCGGAGAGCUGCCCGCGGCGGCAGCGGGGCCCUGGCCGCGCCCGUGGUUUUCGGGGCCCGCGACACGGCCCGAGGCAGCUCGACGGGCUCCGCUCGCCGCGCCUGAGCCCCGCCGGGAGCCGCGCACAGGUUAUGCGGCCCCGACGCCGGCCCCUGAGUCCCCGCGAGAAGGAGAAGGGCUAAGCGGGCGCCCCGCGCCCGGCCCCGCCGCCGCACCAUGAGCCACGAGCAGGUGUCCUCCGAGAUCCACCACAUCGUCUCCUCGGCCUUCGAGAGCCCCGAGCAGGAUGCCCUGGGCCCCGGCUCGCCCAAGUUUGGGGAGGAGGAGGAGAAGGACCUGAACAAGGCUCUGGGCGUGGAGCGCUUCGAGGAGAUCCUGUGCGACUCCUACCCUCGCAACGCGGAGGAGGCUGGCCGCAGCUACAGCGAGGAGGACUUCGAGUAUCACCGCCAGUCGUCCCACCACAUCCACCACCCGCUCUCCACCCACCUGCCCCCUGACACCCGCCGCAAGAAGGGGGUACAGAAGAAGGGCAAGAAGAAGCGGCACCGGGCAUCCGCCCCCGGCGAGACACCCACCAUUGAGGAGGCCGAAGAGGAUGAGGAUGAGGCGUGUGACACUGAGACGGAGCGGUCAGCAGAGGAGCUCCUGCAGGGCGGCCCCUCGGAGGCGGUGCAGUUCUUCUUGCAGGAGGAUGAGGUCCCCGACCGGCGGGCAGAGGAGCCGGCAGCCCCCGCCGCAGUGCCGGGCUCCCCCGCGGAGUCCUGCAGGUCCAUGUCCCCCAGGGAAGCGGAGGGAGCCAGCCCCGACGUCGAGGAGGGGCGUCCCGCGGAGGGGCCGGCCACCGACGAGGCCGGCUCCCCCGGGCGCCCGGUGCCCAAGUCGCAGCCGGGGCACCGCAGCUACAACCUGCACGAGAGGCGGCGGAUCGGCAGCAUGACAGGCGCGGAGCAGGCGCAGUACCAGAAGAUGCCCACGGACGAGUCGGAGGCCCAGACCCUGGCCUCGGCCGACUUGGACUACAUGAAGAGUCACCGCUUUGAGGACGUGCCUGGGGUGCGCCGGCACCUGGUCCGAAAGAGCGCCAAGGCCCAAGUAGUGCACGUCAGCAAGGACCACAAGGAGCCGAGCACACGGCACAGGAAGCAGGACCGGCAGCCCCACGAGGUCUUCGUAGAGCUGAACGAGCUGGUGGUGGACAAGAACCAGGAGCUGCAGUGGAAGGAGACAGCUCGCUGGAUCAAGUUUGAGGAGGAUGUGGAGGAAGAGACAGACCGCUGGGGCAAGCCGCACGUGGCCUCGCUGUCCUUUCGCAGCCUCCUGGAGCUACGCAAGACCCUGUCCCAUGGAGCCGUGCUCCUCGACCUGGACCAGAAGACGCUGCCGGGGGUGGCUCACCAGGUGGUGGAGCAGAUGGUCAUCACGGACCAGAUCCGGGCAGAGGACCGUGCCAAUGUGCUGCGGGCGCUGCUGCUCAAGCACAGCCACCCGAGCGAUGAGAAGGACUUCUUCCCGCGCAACAUCUCGGCCGGCAGCCUGGGCUCGCUGCUCACGCACCACCACAGCACCAACCACGUGGCAGAGGGCAGCGAGCCAGCUGUCACUGAGCCCCUCAUUGCCGGCCACGCUGUGGAGCAUGACACACGGGUUGACGUGGAGCGAGAGAGGGAGGUCCUGACCCCCACACCUCCUGCCGGCAUCACUCGCUCCAAGUCCAAGCAUGAGCUGAAGCUGCUGGAGAAGAUCCCAGACAAUGCGGAGGCCACGGUGGUGCUUGUGGGCUGUGUGGAGUUCCUGGACCAGCCCACCAUGGCCUUCGUGCGGCUGCAGGAGGCCGUGGAGCUGGACGCAGUGCUGGAGGUGCCUGUCCCUGUGCGGUUCCUCUUUGUGCUCCUGGGGCCCAGCAGCACCCACAUGGACUACCACGAGAUUGGGCGCUCCAUCUCCACCCUGAUGUCUGACAAGCAAUUCCAUGAAGCCGCGUACCUGGCUGAUGACCGCCACGACCUCCUCAACGCCAUCAACGAGUUCCUGGACUGCAGCGUGGUGCUGCCGCCCUCCGAGGUGCAGGGCGAGGAGCUGCUGCGCAGCGUCGCCCACUUCCAGCGUGAGAUGCUCAAGAAGCGCGAGGAGCAGGAGCGGCGGCUGCUGCUGGAGCCCAAGUCGCCGGAGGAGAAAGGUGCCGGCACGGGGCCGGGAGCGGGGCAGGGCUGGGGCCCCGCGCCGGGCGGCCGGCGCUCAUGGCCCGUCUGUCCGUGGGGCGCAGCGCUGCUGAAGCUGAAGGUGGUGGAGGGCGAGGGCGAGGAGGAGGACGACCCGCUGCGACGCACAGGCCGGCCCUUCGGGGGGCUCAUCCGGGACGUGCGGCGGCGGUACCCCCACUACCUGAGCGACUUCCGGGACGCACUGAACCCCCAGUGCAUCGCAGCCGUCAUCUUCAUCUACUUCGCCGCGCUGUCGCCUGCCAUCACCUUCGGGGGGCUGCUGGGGGAGAAGACGCAGGACCUGAUCGGGGUGUCUGAGCUGAUCAUCUCCACGUCGCUGCAGGGUGUCCUCUUCUGCCUGCUGGGGGCCCAGCCCCUGCUCGUCAUUGGCUUCUCGGGGCCCCUGCUCGUCUUCGAGGAGGCCUUCUUCACGUUCUGCACCUCCAAUGAGCUGGAGUACCUGGUGGGGCGUGUCUGGAUUGGCUUCUGGCUCAUCCUCAUUGUGCUGGUCAUGGUGGCCUUUGAGGGCAGCUUCCUAGUGCGCUUCGUGUCCCGCUUCACCCAGGAGAUCUUUGCCUUCCUCAUCUCCCUCAUCUUCAUCUAUGAGACCUUCUCCAAGCUGGCCAAGAUCUUCCAGGAGCACCCGCUGCACGGGUGCAUGAAGGCAAACGCCACAGACGGGGAGGCCACAAUGACGAGGAACAUGAGUGUGGCCUCGGGCAACAGCACAUGGCGCCGAACCGUGCCCAAGGUGACAGGGCAACCGAACACAGCGCUGCUUUCACUGGUGCUCAUGGCCGGCACCUUCUUCAUUGCCUUCUUCCUGCGCAAGUUCAAGAACAGCCGAUUCUUCCCCGGACGGAUCCGACGGCUCAUUGGGGACUUCGGGGUGCCCAUCGCCAUCCUGGUCAUGGUGCUGGUGGACUACAGCAUCCAAGACACCUACACGCAGAAGCUGAGCGUGCCCAGCGGGUUCUCAGUGACGGCCCCGGAGAAGCGGGGCUGGGUGAUCAACCCCCUGGGGGAGAAUAGCGUCUUCCCCGUGUGGAUGAUGGUGGCAAGUGGCCUCCCCGCCAUCCUCGUCUUCAUCCUCAUCUUCAUGGAGACCCAGAUCACCACGCUGAUCAUCAGCAAGAAGGAGCGGAUGCUGCAGAAGGGCUCCGGGUUCCACCUCGACCUCCUGCUCAUCGUGGCCAUGGGUGGCUUCUUCGCUCUCUUCGGGCUGCCCUGGCUGGCCGCGGCCACAGUGCGCUCCGUCACGCACGCCAAUGCCCUCACCGUCAUGAGCAAGGCCGUGGCGCCUGGCGACAAGCCCAAGAUCCAGGAGGUGAAGGAGCAGCGAGUCACCGGGCUGCUGGUGGCCGUGCUUGUGGGCUUGUCCAUCGUCAUCGGGGACCUGCUGCGGCAGAUUCCGCUGGCCGUGCUCUUCGGCAUCUUCCUCUACAUGGGCGUCACCUCCCUCAAUGGCAUCCAGUUCUACGAGCGCCUGCAGCUGCUGCUGAUGCCCCCCAAGCACCACCCCGACGUCACCUAUGUCAAGAAGGUGCGCACGCUGCGCAUGCACCUCUUCACCAGCCUGCAGCUGGCCUGCCUGGCCGUGCUCUGGGCCGUCAUGUCCACCGUGGCCUCCCUGGCCUUCCCCUUCAUCCUAAUCCUCACCGUGCCCCUCCGCAUGUGCCUGCUCAGCCGCAUCUUCACUGACCGGGAGAUGAAGUGUCUCGACGCGGACGAGGCCGAGCCCAUCUUCGACGAGCGGGAAGGCGUGGACGAGUACAACGAAAUGCCGAUGCCGGUGUGAGCCGCGUGCCUGUCAGCGAGCAGGGCUUGGCGGGGCCCCGGCGCUGCCCGUGGGGCCCCCGCUGCUGCCCCGCACGGGGCCUGGGACUGUCGAGCCGAGCCCGGCUGGUGAAGGGCCCCUGCGCGCCCCGUGCCUUUGCCACGAGCAGCAUGGUGCCUGCUGGGCUGGGGAACCUGCCAAAGAGAAGCUGCCUGCAACUUGCCCCGCUGGCGACUUGCCGGCCUCCCCGUCAGGGAGGGGACCCGCACGUGCCCCCAGCUGCGGCCCCGAGCACGAGGUCUCGGCGUCUGUCCCACCGGGCCCGUCUCGACCCUGCCGCGGGGCAGAGCCAGCCCUGGGCCGCUCCGCGUGCCGCCGUGCCCGCUGCAGAGCCGCAGGGCCGUGCCCUCCCCGCCAGCCCCCAGCCCAGGCUCCAACCAGACAAUCAGGUGUUUUAUUUAAGAGAGUAAUUUAAACGGCAAUAAACAGCUUUAUACCGUGCACACGGGGCUGAGGAGUGACACGGCGGUUUAUGGCGCUGGCAGGGUCGGUGAUGAGAAGGGCCAAGGCCGGGGCGGCGGCGGGCCCCGAGCACCCCGCGUGUCUGGGGCAGGGCUGCAGGCGGCACCCAGGGCCCCCGCGGAGGGGCCGGGCUGGCUGCACCCCGGGCGCUGGGGCGGGGGGUCGCGGGCCCAGCCUGGGCAGGCUGCUGCCUCGUACUAAUAAACAGAAUGGACUUUGCA